AUGAAGGGUUCUAUAAGCGCCAAUCAAGUCGAGUCCAAGGGCAAAAAAAACGCACCGAAGCCGCCAGCAUUGGCAGCAAAGCCUCGGCUGGUGGACGAGAGCGAGAAAAGAAGACGGAAAGCUGCCAGUAUUGGUGUCAAAAAGAUGUUCGCGCUGGGUGGAUCCUUGAUGUGCGCAUACUCGUCUCGUAAGGCCUCACUACUAGACUCUUUCAACCUCACGGCAGCCUUGCGAGGUGUUUCAAGAUCGGCUCAGCAGUUGUCGGCAGCUCUGAUCACGGAGCCUGGCCCAAUGUUGACACGUGCAGAGUUGGAUACCUUGGGGCAUCAAUGA